AAUAUUAUCAUCAUUGAUAGACUAGAAGGUAAGGUUGCAGUGAUCACUGGAGGUGCUGCAGGCAUUGGUAGAACUACUGCCAAAUUGUUCAGUCAACAAGGUUGUAAGGUAGUUAUUGCUGACAUCCAAGAUGGCUUAGGUCACUCAAUCUGCAACGAAAUUGGCCCAGAGAUGUCCUCUUUUGUGCAUUGCGAUGUCACCAAAGAAGAUGACAUGAAGAACGCAGUAGAUGAGGCUGUUACAAGAUUUGGAAAGCUUGACAUAAUGUUCAACAAUGCCGGGAUCAGUGAUCCAGCAAAAGUAAGGAUAACAGAGAACGAAAUCACGGAUUUCGAAAGGGUCCUUGCGGUUAAUGUCGCCGGUGUCUUCUUAGGCACCAAACAUGCAGCCCGUGUCAUGUUACCGGGAAAACAGUGCAGUAUCAUUAACAAUGGGAGUGUGAGUUCAAUCAUAGGAGGAUUAGUCUCUCAUGGUUAUGUAGCUUCGAAGCAUGCAGUAGUAGGUCUUCCAAAGAAUGCAGCAGCAGAGUUGGGUCGGUUUGGGAUAAAAGUCAAUUGUAUUUCAGCAUUCGCGGCCGCAUCACCUCUUACUAGGAAUUUCUUUAAAUAUGAUAAUGGUGAGAUUGAGAGGAGGGUAUCAGAGUUAUUUAGUGUCAAAGGAGUUACCUUGACCAUACAAGAUAUUGCUGGGGCUGCAGUUUAUUUUGGGAGUGAUGAAUCAAGAUAUGUGAGUGGUCAUAACUUUGUCAUUGAUGGAGGCUUUACUAUUGCAAAUUCCAGUUUUGGUCUAUUCAACUAG